AUGACACACCCCCAAGAAGCUGUCCACCAACUAUCGCUCCAAGACCCCGAGCGCUUCUGGCUGCACCAUGCAGAGCAACUGCAUUGGCACCGAAAGCCCUCGCAGGCUGUCCGUCGCACCACCAAGACCCUCCCCAGCGGCAUCACCCACGACCACUGGGCCUGGUUUCCGGACGGCGAGAUCUCCACCACCUACAAUUGCGUCGACCGACACGUCCUGGCCGGCCAUGGCGACGAUGUCGCCGUCAUCUGGGACUCGCCCGUGACGGGGACCAAAGAGACCUACACCUACGCGCGGCUUCUCGAUGAGGUCGAGGUGUUGGCCGGCGUGCUGCGCGAGGAGGGCGUGCGCCAGGGCGACGUCGUCAUUAUCUACAUGCCCAUGAUCCCCGCGGCGCUCAUCGCCGCGCUGGCCAUCACCCGGCUAGGCGCCAUCCACGCCGCCGUGUUCGGCGGCUUCGCGCCGCACUCCCUGGCGCAGCGCAUCGACGCAGCCCGCCCCAAGGCCAUCAUGACCGCAUCGUGCGGCAUCGAAGGCGCCAAGGGCGUCAUCCCGUACCGGCCACUCGUCGAAGCCGCCGUCGCCGCCAGCACACACCCACCCGACAAGAUCCUCAUAUGGCAGCGCGACCAGCACCGCUGGAACCACCCGGACAAGCGCGGCGGCCAGCGCAACUGGCAGCGGCUGAUGAAGAGCGCGCGCAUGCGGGGGGUACGCGCAUCCGCCGUCCCCGUGCCCAGCACGCACGCACUCUACGUCAUCUACACGAGCGGCACGACGGGCCGGCCGAAGGGCGUCGUCCGCGAGGCGGGCGGACACGCUGUCGGCCUGCACGUGUCCAUCCGCUCCCUCUUCGACAUCCGCGGCCGCGGCGACGUCAUGUUCUGCGCCUCCGACCUCGGCUGGGUUGUUGGUCACUCGUACAUCCUGUACGCGCCGCUGCUGGUGGGAGCCACCACCGUGCUCUUCGAGGGGAAGCCCGUCGGCACCCCGGAUGCUGGGACCUUCUGGCGCAUCGUCGAGGAGCACCGUGUGCGCACGCUGUUCACCGCACCCACCGCCAUGCGCGCCAUCCGCAAAGACGACCCGAACAACGAUCUCUUCCGCACCGUCGCGGCCCGCGGCGGUCUGCGCUCCCUCCGCGCGCUGUUCCUCGCUGGCGAGCGCAGCGAGCCUAGCAUCGUUCGCAGCUACCAGAGUUUACUGACGGAGUACGCCGCGCCGGGCGCCGUCGUCGUCGAUAACUGGUGGUCGUCCGAGUCCGGGUCGCCUAUUACGGGUGUCGCCCUGCGCAGCGCCGCGGCCGCCAUCCCCGACACCCCCGGCGUCGCCGACUGGGACUCCCCACCACGGGCUCCCAAACCAGGCUCCGCAGGGCCACCGAUGCCCGGGUUCGACGUACGCGUAGUGGACGACGAGGGGCGCGAAGUCCCGGCCGGGACGAUGGGAAACAUCGUGCUGGGCACACCACUCGCGCCAACAGCCUUCACGCGCCUCUUCAGCGACGACGACGGCCACAGCGACGAACGCUUCUACCGCUCCUACCUCGGCCGGUUCGGCGGGCGCUGGGUGGACACCGGCGACGCGGGGAUGGUCGACAGCGCGGGGUACGUGCACGUCAUGGGACGGUCGGACGACAUCAUCAACGUAGCGGCGCACCGGUUCAGCACGGGAGCGAUCGAGCAGGCGAUCCUGUCGCACGCGGCGAUCGGCGAGGCGUGCGUGGUCGGCGUGCCGGACGCGCUCAAGGGCCAUCUCCCGUUUGCGUUUGUGCAGUUGCGCGGGGACGCGGGAACGGGGCCGCUGCCGGCGACGCCGCCGGGGGAGCUGUUUGCGGCGGUGAAUGCGCGCGUGCGCGAGCAGAUCGGCGCGAUUGCGUCGCUGGGCGGGAUGAUCCAGGGGCGCGGCAUGAUUCCCAAGACGCGGAGCGGGAAGACGCUGCGGCGGGUGUUGCGGGAGCUGGUGGAGCAGGCGGUCGAGGGGCGGUAUGACGCGGCGGUGAGCGUGCCGCCGACGGUGGAGGAUGCUGAGGUGGUGGAGGUCGCGAGGGCGCGGGUGCGGGAGUAUUUUGAGGGGCGGGGGAAGGCGAAGCUAUAG